AUGACAAAUGUAAAGUUACCCAAAUUAGAGUUACCAAAGUUCAAAGGAGAUGUAACUCUGUGGCAGUCAUUUUGGGACCAGUUUAAGACUCAUGUGCAUGAUUCUGACAUUCCAGUGAUAGCUAAAUUUAGCUACCUGCAGUCAUUAUUGGAAGGAGAUGCAAAGGGUGUUGUAAAAGGACUUGCACAUACCGAAGCAAAUUACCAAAUUGCUUGUGAUAUGCUGAAAGAAAGAUUUGGAAGACCUGAGCGUAUUAAAUUUGCACAUGUACAAGCACUUUUGAAUUAUAAAUCUUCUGUGAAAGGCAAGGGACCAAAGUAUGUGUCCUCCUUGUGGAAUCUAAGUGAUGAAUUGCUGACACACAUCCGUAACCUAGAAGCUUUGGGAGUAUCAGGGGAACAGUGUGAAGUGUUCCUGACCCCAUCAUCCUGGCAUGCCUUCCUGAGGAGCUAA